AUGUUGGAGUUCUGGGCAUACAUUUUUUCUAGCAGGUGCAAGGGUUCUGGUCCUAGGUCUUUGAUCCACGUUGAAUUGACGUUUGUGCAGGAUAUAAAGUCUGCUCACUCUGGUACCCAGACAAGAAGUUGCACCAUUAUGACAUUCCACCCAACCAUGGAAGAAUUCUCAGAUUUCAACAAUUAUAUUGCCUACAUGGAAUCCCAAGGGGCACACAGAGCUGGCCUGGCCAAGGUAAUUCCACCCAAGGAAUGGAGAGCCAGGCAGUCCUAUGAUGAUGUCAGUGUCAUCGUAAUAGUCACUCCCCUGCAGCAGGUGGUCUCUGGGAAGGCAGGUAUGUUCACUCAAUACCACAAAAAGAAGAAAGCCAUGAUGGUGAGAGAGUAUCACGUCCUGGCAGACAGUGAAAAGUAUAGAAAUCCCCCACACCUGAAUUUUGAAGAUCUAGAGAGAAAGUACUGGAAGAACUGCCUCGAUGACUCACCAAUUUAUGGUGCUGACAUCAGUGGCUCCUUAUUUGAUGAGAACACUAAAGAGUGGAACCUGGGACACCUGGGAACCAUUCUGGACCUGUUGGAACAGGAAUGUGGAGUUGUCAUUGAGGGUGUCAACAGGCCCUACCUGUACUUUGGCAUGUGGAAGACCACUUUUGCAUGGCACACGGAGGACAUGGACCUUUACAGCAUCAACUACUUGCACUUUGGGGAGCCCAAAACCUGGUACGCGGUGCCCCCUGAACAUGGGCAGCUCCUGGAGCUAUUAUAUUGCCAAAAGCUUUUCCCGGGCAGUUCCCAGUGCUGUGAGGCCUUCCUGAGGCACAAAGUGGCCCUCAUCUCGCCUACAGUCCUCCAUGAGAAUGGCAUUCCCUUCAACCGCRUGACUCAGGAGGCUGGUGAGUUCAUGGUGACAUUUCCCUAUGGCUACCAUGCUGGCUUCAACCAUGGCUUCAAUUUUGUGGAGGUCAUCAAUUUCGCCRCUCUGCAAUGGUUUAAUUAUGGCAAAGCAGUGUCUCAGUGCAGCUGUGGGAAGUUCAGGGUCAGCUUCUCCAUGGAUGCCUUUGUGAGCACCCUGCAACCUGAGUGCUAUGAGCUGUGGAAAUGAGGGCAAGACAGGGCGGUAGUGGAUCACUCUGAGUCCAGGAAGCUGCUAAGCCAGAGCUGCUGA